AUUUUGUCAGUUGUCGUUGUCAGCUUAUGUUUGAAUAUCAUUAGAGUUGGACUACUGCUGCCUUCUUUCUUUAGUCUGUUGUUGAUGUUGGUGAUCAUGGGUGAAAUUGACAGACCAAACCAAAAUACCUCCCGUUCUAAUGAAGAGUCCUUUCAUCAACCACUAAAAACUAUGGAUACAAAUACCAAUUUGAGCGAAGGCACGUCGCUGCUGCAUGAGGCGGCUGCCAAUAUGGCGGAGACGAGGGCGCAGGGUCGGAACCACUACUUGGUGGUAGACGUGUUGGCCGCCCUGUUCGGCAUCAGCGCUUGGCUGUCGGUGAACGCCCUCUACACGCAACUACCCCUGCUGGUGCAGACCUCACCCGAGGGAUGGAGUCUGCCCUCCUACCUGUCCGUCAUCAUACAGUGCGCCAACAUUGGACCACUGCUCUACAGCUUCACUCGCAAAUGCCAUACCCGUUUCUUCAGAGACAGCACUCUCAUCAUGUUCCUACUACUCUUAGGCACGGUCGCCAUGUUCACCAUAUCUUUCUACUACACUCACACCACACAACUCUUCAACGAACCCCAUAGCACUCCCCUAUUCUCCCUAACCUUCUGUUUUGCCCUAGUAGGCUGCACUAGUUCCGUACUGUUCAUACCAUUCAUGAAUAACUACCCUGAAAUCCAUCUCGUCUCAUACCUCGUGGGAGAGGGUCUCAGUGGAUUAAUACCUAGCAUAGUGUCCCUAGUUCAAGGUGUAGGCAACUCCGAAUGUGAGCUAACUGAAGUGGUCAAUGGGACAUCAGUGUAUGAACAUGUUAUUCUACCUCCACUUUUCUCCCCUAAAAUUUUCUUCCUAAUAAUUUUCUCCAUAAUGUUUUGUAGUGCUAUCUCGUUUGUUCUACUAAACAAACUGCCCACCUGUCAACAGAUGGUGGAUAAUAAAUCGGUGUCUAAUAGGUCUUCCACUGUAGAAAACACCAAUGAAAGUGACUUACAAUGUGAUAAUACCCCUGAACGAUUGCCACUAUCAAACGCGUCAACUUUAGCCCCUUCUCUGUACUGUGGACUACUGUUGAUGCAGGCUGUGAUAUCCAUGUUUGCCAAUGGUGCGUUACCCAGUAUUCAGUCCUACUCGUGUCUACCUUACGGUAACACUGCCUACCAUUUGGCUGUAAAUUUGUCGAGCAUGGCCAAUCCGAUUUCAUGUUUCAUUGCCUUUUUCUUGCCUAGAACGUCCCUGGUGACUAUAUUUAGUAUGAGUGCUUUCUCUGUGGUGACAACUGUGUAUGCAAUAACGACGGCCCUAAUGAGUCCGUACCCGCCCUUGCAACACCACCUCGUCGGAUUAAUACUUGUUGUUUCCUGUUGGAUCUUGUUCUCCGGAAUGGUGUCCUACGUGAAACUGUCGAUCGCGGCUAUCUUCAGGCGGGAAGGAGGCAAAGGCUUGUUCUGGUACGGAGCAGUGACUCAGGCUGGUGCUGCCCUCGGAUCAAUCACUAUGUUCUACAUCGUCAAUUUCACAAAUAUCUUCAAAAGCUUCGAUCCCUGUAGCUGACACAGUCUGUCAAGUGUAAUAGUGACAGUAUUAUCUGAAUAGGUACAAUUUGUUUUUCACAAUGUUGGUAAUAGAUAACUGAUAACUUGUUAGAUAUGUAAUGUAUAGAUGCACAUGAUCAAGCAGAAAAUUAUGUGUAAAGUUGACGGGUUUCAACUUGUAUGCAUAGUUACAAAAUGCCAACUGUAGAACAAAAAUUGUUGAAAUAAUAAUACGAUAUUCCAAAACUUUGUAGUAAUAAUUCAACAUGUUUGUUGAUCUGAUAGUAAAACAGGGAAUCGGACUACUUCAACACUGAAAACUUUAUGUGUGUGUCGGUUUUGAUAGUUUGAAUAGCAUUGAAUUUUGAUAUAGUUUUAUUAAUUAGACUUAUUCAACUUUCAGACUUAUUUGUCUUUGUAGUUGUUACUGAUUUUAUGAUUCAAUUUUUUAAUGUAUUUUUUUAAAUUUUGACCAAAGUUUUCACAGUUCAAUUUCUUCAUUAUAUUUACUCACAUUUUUAUUAAACUUAUGUCAUUUAAUUUGAUAUUUAGACUACACACUGCGUCACUGCACAAAUUGUUGAUGAAAUUUUUUAGAUCUUGUUACUCCUUUUUUUGGAGUUUGUUAUUUUUCAAAUCUAUUUAAAGAUCUCUUAGGAUUUAUAACAGUAUCCUAAGUCACAUGAUUUUGCAGAGUUCCUGUAGUUUUUUUCCUUUCAAUUAUUUAACUAUACACUGUCUUAUUAAUCUCGAACUUCUUGUAUGAAGAGAGAAAUGUGCUAUAUAAAACAGUUCAAUCAUUCCAGAGUGAUUUGUUCUUAAUUCUUAUAUUACUACUGAAGGAUUUUCUAAUUUUGUCAAUCGAUUGCGGCCGUAUAGUUGAAGCUGCAGGUGUCUCAUUAGUUCUCAUCUAUUCAUUAUGUCCUUAUAAUAUAUUGCCCUAUAGAAAAUAUUGAAAUUGUUCCAUUAAAACAAUUAUUUUCUGUGCAAGCAAUGUUUCAAGAGCUUCGUCCAUUUUGAGAUCGCAAUAAUCGUCCUACCGAGAGGACUUAUCGCAACGUGGUGAACCACCAGUUUGAGGAAACUGGUUCGGUAAAUAUGUUCGAACAACAACACCCCUAAGAAAAUUGAUCGCAAGGUCUGCCAAGAAUAUUGUUGAUUUACAUGAGAAUGUACAGGAGAAUCAGCGGCAGUCAUCACGCAUAAGAUCUCGGCCUCUCUGACAUCAACUUGGCGAUUACAAUCAAUGAUGAUCGAAUAAUUCUGGUCCAAUCCGGACAAUAUGGAUGUGAACAAUAUGCGAUUUUAGGAUGACAAUGCAAUGUACCAGACUGCGCACAAAACAAUUAUUGACAUCCUGGGUGUGCGUUUUCCUCAUAUUGUUAUUUUUUGCUGAGGCGAUGUCAACUGGCCGCUAAGAUCAUAUCAUUCGAUUUUGCUAAACUUUUUUUUGUAGUUCUAUGCUGAGUCCCAGGCUUAAACCAAUAAGUCAAUAUUACUCAAUCUAUCAAUUAGAUUCAACCACUUUAUGCGCCAGACUAAUGGAAAGAUGGACUUUUCGGAUCACCAUCAUUACGCGAAUCCGAGGAGGCGGCCAUUUGAACGUUAUCAUGCUCCAUGCAUUGAUAGACCUUUUCAACAAAAAUAGAUCUUAUACAUUAUAUCUCACACACAUAAUGUUUUAUUUAAUUUUAAAUAAAGGAAACGCUCAAUGAAAACCCCUAUAUUGUUGUGUAUUGUUGAUUUAUCGGCACAUUAGAGUAAAUAAAUAUCAGGGAAGUAUUGUAUUUCAUCUAUAUUUCGACCGUAAGGAUGAAUUGCUUGGCCAGUUAUCUAUAACUAUCAUACCAGUCAACCUCUUGAAUAAUAUAGUAAAUGUAGGCCUACGUGUGAUUGUUAAAUUUAUAUCAGUUGAAUGGUGUUCAAAUUUAGUUGCAGAUAGAAAUUUAAUAUCUGGCAGACCAUUUCAAGCUUUAUUGAAAGACUCAAGUCCUGGAAAAUUUUGUGGUUUAAAUCCAUUUAACAAAUUAAUAUUAUUAGAUACCUCGAAAUCAUAUCUGUAUGAAUUUUUAUUAUUAUUUUUUUCAACAAUUAAUAAAAUAAAAAUAAUCAAAAUUCAUACAGAUAAUUUAAUAUGAUGUCGAGAUAUCUAAUAAUAUUUGUUAAAUGAAUUUAACCCACAAAACUCUUUUCAUUUGAUAUUGGAUUGUAUUCAAAACCCUACCCUACCAGUAUGCGUUGUAGUACUUAGAAAAGAAAGAAUGGCAAUAAUUGUUGUCUGUUUUUCAAUAUAUUUUCUCAUAAAAAUGACUUAUUCCAUCAGUAUCAAUUCCUAAGCGACGACUGUAGAUUCUAGCCUCGCGACUACUGUAUUAACUGUAAAAAGGCUUUAGUCCAUUACUGUGUGAUUUUAUUAUUGUAGUCGUUUAUUAUAUAGACUAUAGAAGCUAUAGCAACAAAUAGCUAAUACAGUGCGGCUACAGUCGUCGCUUAGGAAUUGAACCUUGACAUAGAACGUAACUUUUUUUUCUUUUGUAAAUCAAUAUUAACCUGAUUAUCUCCUAGAAAGAGCUGCUACCUACCUAUACUUUACACUAAAGUGAAUUUUGCAAACUCAAUGAAGAUAUAAUAUAUGUAUUUAACUUAAUUAUGUAGGAAGUUCUACGUAUCCUAGUAUUGUUACAAUGUAGCCUGUUUUGUACAUUUUUACUAACGUCAACUGGGGUGGCUUUUUCUACCGCUAGAUGACUUUGUCCCACUUCACGGGAAAAUAUUCAAAUUCGUUUAUCUCCGAUUUCUGUAAUCUGAAAUCUAUGUCCAACAUCAAUAGCAGUAGCCCUUAUCUUUAUCUAGGUACUACAAUCGAUAUUUUGUCAACUCUCGAUAUAUUAGUUGAACUAUCGACAUAAAACCAAACUGCUUGCUUCUUCUUGUAAUUUUGUUGUCGGAAAACUUCGUAUUAGAAAAACUAUUUACUAAAGAAUUUGAUAUUGGUGAUUACUAGUUACUAGUUGAAUACAAGGUCACUUUUAGAUUAUACGUGGGGUUACUUUGUAUUGAUAUACCAAUUCUGAUAUUAUGCAGAAUAUGAUGCAAAAUAUUAUGAAUAUAAUGUAUUUUUAUCUAAUAAAACAAAAUAUCCACCAACUUGCUUAAAAUUAAUACGAUCUGAAUAUCCAUUUGUUGCUGAUUUGGCAGCUGCAGCCAGUGAGGAUAGAAUGUACUGUAAUUACAUUAGACUAUACUCUCUGGCUGCAGCCAACAUGCCUCGUCACUACAAAAUAUCUUUGAGUAGCUUUCUUUGAAAUAAUUUUCAAUAAAUAGUGUGCGAUUUUUUUAAGCGGAUUUUAUUUGUUUUUAAUUUAAAAUGUUUACAUUAUUUUGGUUUCACUUUAUCCAACUCUUGACAUCAACUUGAAUCCAUAUAUUUUUCAAAGUUGGGUAAAAGUCACCCCAACCCGUUGUAACAUUGUAACUCAUUUGAAAAAUAUAAUAUCUUUAUUGAAGUGUGGAAAAAUAUUCUCUUUUCAUGUUGAAAAAUACUCUCUAGACAUUGCAAAAUAAAAUAAAAAUAAUGCAAGAGAUUUGUUCCAAGCCAUUUAAAAUUUCAACUUCCAAAAAUUGGUACAAAGUUUACCAGUACUAUAAAUUAAAUAAUUUAUCCAGGAAAAACUUAUUGAACUGUCGAUGGACAAUAUUUUAUGAACAAAUCAACUCAAUCAAGAAUUUUAUUAAUUUUUUCAAAGAGUGGUUGUUGAUUUAUAAUAGACUACAGUAAAUAAUGUAUUUAGGGCGUUGUGAUUUUUUUACUUUUGUUAUCUUCAUCCUUGAUGAUUGACUUUAUUCUCUAUGAAAUACAGUUGUUUGAUGUGUCAACAAAUUUCAAUAAAAUUUGUUAUUGAUUUGUA